GUGAUACCAAAGUUUCGCUAGAGGUCGCCUCUUUAAUACGUACGGGGCCAGGGCAGGGUCGGUGUUGAGAAAAAGGCUUGAUUAUAUUGUACAACACUAUAAAUUCUCUUCUAAAAGAUGGCGAAUAUUCUCUUGCGUCGUGCAUUGUUAGAUGCAAUCCGUGUGCCUGCUGGAACUAGGGCUUCUAGUGAAAUGGCCAAGGUUGGUAACCGUGAGUGGGUAGGCUAUGGUUUCAAUGGUCAGCCCAACUAUAUGGACAGGCCUGACUACCCCCUACCCGCUGUGAGGUUCCGCCCUGACACACCUGAUAUUAAGAUUCUCCGUGAAAAAGAAAAGGGUGACUGGCGCAAACUGACCGUUGAAGAGAAAAAGGCCCUUUAUCGCGCGUCUUUCUGCCAGACCUUCGCUGAGUUCCAAGCCCCCACAGGACAAUGGAAGGGAGUCAUUGGUUGGGCCCUCGUUAUUGCCUCUAUGUCCCUAUGGGCUUAUAUGGGCAUGAAACUCUUUGUGUACUCUCCUCUGCCCGAGUCGUUUAGCGAGGAAAACCAGAAAGCACAACUCAAGCGUAUGCUGGACCUCCAGGUCAACCCCGUGGAUGGGCUAUCCUCGAAAUGGGACUACGAAAACAACCGCUGGAAGUAAACUGUCUCUUUGGUGCUUGGCUGUUGAGGGGCUUGCUAGCGGUAGAAUAGGCAAUGUUAUUUAAGUUAAUAAAUCUGUAAGAUAAAUAAAUCGUGAUUCCGGUUACCUA